AUGUUUGGCAGCAGCGGUGGUGGGUUGCCCCAGUCCAGACACCAGCCCGGUGUGCCACCCAUAAACACGUCCGCAGGGAUACGAGCGCAAGUGCCUCAUCAGUUCCUGUCUCCUCAGGUACCAUUUAUGUUUUUGUUGUUGUAUUUGAUCAGACUGUAGAAGUAAUCUGUUUUAAUUUUCACCUUUUCACAGCUUUUUUCACAAGACUUGCUGAUCAAUAUCCCGUAUGCAAAUCAGUCUACUAUAUGCCACAACCUCUGCUCAGAACAAUAGAUUUUUAGUCCUUUGGCUUCUUAGUUAAAACUUUAUGUGAAACAUGUUUCCAGGGAUUUGAUGUAUUUUUCCAGCCUGCUCGUCAUCAUUAGCUAAUGUGCGUGAUUAGGUGAACUCACUCAAUGGAGGAAGAAAACCUCACCAAAUCGAUGAGUAGUGCACUCACUGAUUUGCUGUUUAUUAGAGGGAAUGUGCUAGACAGAAGGUGAUUUAUGUUUAUGUUCCACGUUCCCAUAUUAACACCAAUGUUCCAGGUGCCAGGUUCCAUGCUGAAGCAGAUGGCGCCUCCCAGUGCCGGAGUGGGUGGAGUCGGGGGUGUGGGUGGGGUGGCGGGUGUAGGAGGGGGCGUGUUCCCCCCGCAGCUGUCCCCUCAGCACAUCGCCAUGCUGAGCGGCAUCUACCCCCCCCACAUUCAGUUCCAGCUGGUGAGUAGCUGUACUCCUAUACAACUCUAGAAUGAGAACAGUAGUGGUCAGAGAACAUAGCCUUGAGCAACACCAAAACUUACCUUAGAUUUGUUCUAAUUAAAUCCAUGUUGGCUGAAACGUCAAUGUUUUUAUAUACCUAUAUAGGCCUAUGAGAAGUCAGUAAAAGUAACAAUUUGUUUUACAAAUUAGAGACCUUACAGCUCUAUCAGACAUCUACCUCUGUUCAUACCCCUUCUCCGUCUCGCCACUGUGUCAGUGUUUCCUCUGGAGAGAAAAAUAGCAGUGGGGGGAUUGUUUUGGGGGUCCCGCCCCAUAUACAUUUUAUGUAGAAGGACUGAGAAGCUCAGUUGUGGUGACUUUUUAAAAUUACAUUCUUCUCCAAAUGAAUGAAAAUAAUAUUAUGCUGACACCAUCGAACAUAUAAUUUCCACUUCCAGAAAUGAGCCCAAUAACAUAUUGGUAAAAUUAUUUUAACAUAUUGGACCAUGCAUAUAGCCUAUGCAUGGUCCAUAUUAUCAGGUAUGCCAUUAGCAAUAAGCAUAUCACCUGCAGCCCAAUUUGAUGCAGCAUUGUGGCUGGCUAUAAAUAGGCUGAAGCAUGGGGUUGCCUAUUGGACUAAUCAUUAGCUAGAUACCAAAUGUGGUCUUUUAACUAGUUAGCAUCCUAUUGAUGAAUUUUAUGCCCCAAAAAACUUGAAUAUAAACUAGGCCUUCCUGUUAACGAAACUCAGGGUAGCAUGCCUGUACUUUUCACAGAAACCCCUUAAUGUCACAAUUUUCUACCCCAACACUUUCCCUGGUUGCCACUACUCUUGCUCAACAAAACAUUUCACUUGUCUCAUCACAAUUAAAGUCACUCCCCCAAAAUUAUUUUGAGAUGGUCAGAAUGCCUGUUUCCCGUCUUAUGGCAACUCGUAACUUGAUGCGCCUCGAGAGGAAUAUUUAUCUCCCAUAGAACACAACAACAAGCCGACUAGGUAAAUAGAUAAACUAUGCUACUAUGGGGUUGUCAGAUUGUUCUAUUCAUUACUCGUUUUGUUUGCAGAGGAAAACUACAUGUGGAAUGUUCUAGCAUCUUAAAUGUGCAGUUCGCCAGAAAUAUUUCUUCAUGUUCCAUAUUUUUGGGGGUGUGGCACCAAUGAUUUUGCCGUGGCGCAGCGCCGCAGCAAAAUGACUGCAGAAGAAACACUGCACUAUGUUGACACUGGCUUCCUCUUCUUAGGGUGUUGUAACAGGUGUUUACAGUCGUCUCUCCCUCUCCCCCAGGCCUGCCAGCUCCUCCUCCAGCAGCAGCAGAACCCCCAGCAGCUCACCUCACCACAGCAGCUACAACAGCUUCUACAGAACCAGAGGAAGUUCCCCCAGAACCUACGCCAGCAGGCCGACCCACAACAGGUAAUACUGCUAUAUCUGUUACAGCUGCUACUAAUACUACUGCACUGGAAACAACAUAACCAAUAUUCCCUCUAAGCUGCGUGUGUGCGCCGCAGUGCACCUCCUCCAGAAGAAAUGCCAGGCCGGGCAGAGACGCAAGAGAUUGAAUUCGCCCCAUUAGUUUGCACAAUAUAUAUAGAUCAAUGUUUCUUCUGUGAUCGAAUCAAAAUUAUAUCAACCCCUUUUCAAUGCAACAAAACAAAAUACAUCUAACUUUGCAAGAUUGAGUCUGUUAUUUUGUUGUAGGCAGAGCCAGAGCGCAACGGAGUAGAAUUCUAUUGGCAGGAGUAGCCCACCAGUGGUCAAUCACCCGCGAGUGAAGGCGCUUUUCAGAUCAGUUCAGAGCGCAGAGCCACUUGUGCACAUUUGUUGAUAUUCUUUGUUAGUUAGUGAGUUAUUAGCCCAGUUAUCGAUAAGUAUAGGUCAGCAAUGGUGAGUUACUGCUUCCUACAAGAGCACAAAACAUGUAGGCUAAAUUUCUUUGAAAAGCUAGUCCGGUAAAAAUAUGUCUUCAUUAAAGGGGCAGUGUUGUAUUUUGAGACAGGCUUGAAUAUGCAAAUAAGCCAAUAGGCAGAGGGGUAGCCUACAUUGUCUAAUUCUCUGUAAUAAUAAUACAUGUUAUUUUGUAAAGUGGUUUCUUGCGUCAUACAACACAAUGCAAUUUACAGUCACCUGUUUGGCCCAUGGCGUUACAGACAAGUAAAACAAUUAUUAAUUAAUAUCAAGCCCUUCAUAAUGUAAAAACGUUUUUAAAAGUCUCAUGCAAUGUAGGCCUGUAUUGAACACCACAUAUAGGCUACUGUAGGCUAUCAUAGAAAUCAAAAGCUAUUUCCAUGUGAAAAUGUUAUGGGAUUUGCUCCAUUGGUUUUGUUGGUAGGCCUACAUUAUGCUCAAAUAGCCACAAUAGCCUAUUGGCUACUGUCUAAAACUGUAAGGGUACAGCCUCAGUGUUCACUGUAAACGCGCGCCGGAAGUUGCACAAAAUUCUCACAACGUUGAAGUUUCCACUCACAAGACCUAAAAUUUGCUCAGUGCCCCAAAACAUUUGAGGGAACAUUGAACACAACCCUAGUUAUUUCAACUGGAAACAACACGUGCCCGCUAUGAACCAGGUAAGCCUCUGUACUUGAGGAAAUACUGUAUGUUUUGACACACAAACGUUGAAUUCUGAUUUGUAUGACCACAUUUUUUUUUUUUUUUUUACAGCAUCACAUGAAUAGUCAUAGGCUGGUGUUGCACGCAUGUUGCCGUGUCUGCUCACAGGGUUCCCAAUCCCACUCAUCCGUCAUCGCUCUCUCUCUCUCUCUCUCCUCUUCAGCUGGCCAGGAUCGUGGCUGUUCUCCAGCAGCAGAGGCAACAGCAGCAGCAGGGUGUUGGAGGGGGCUCCAAACUGUCCCCCUCUGACCUUGGAGGAGGAGGCCCCAAACUGCCAAUGGCUGACUCCCUGCCCCAUCCAGGCAUGGGGGGCUCUGUGGACCUGCACCAGAAAACACAGGGCUACUCUGGUGAGUGCUGUUAACAUGGAAAUAAAGGAUAGAUGAUCAUCUCUUUUGGCAAAUGCUUGAGAUUCUGCUUUUUACCAGAGAGAACAUCCCAUUCAUUUUGCCACAUAACUGUGUUAUACAUAUUAUUUUCAAUACAAACCACUAACAAUGUUUCAAGUUUUAUUUGUCGUAUGUACAGGAUACAUACCGUCCAACCAAAUGCUUACUGUCAGUGUAAACCAUCUUGAGGAUUUUCAUUGCAUACUGACUGAUGCUCUGCAUGUAAUAGAGUACAGGCCUCUUGCCAUCAGCUCUAACCCCUACCUGUCCCCCCCCCCCCUCAGGCUAUGGUGGAGGAGUGAACCUGUCUGGUCUGGACAUGGGGGGCUCGGUGGUGGGAGGCCCAGGGGGGAUGAAGGACGUAGGGGGGCAGCAGUCCCGCUUCAAAUGGAUGAUGGAGGGUCACUCUCCUGCUCCCUCCCCUCCUGAGAGCCUCCACAAAAACGGUGAGAGGGAGCCCUUACACUGUAGUGAGUUUACGGAAUUAAUUGUAGUUUGACAUGGGGCAGCAGGUAGCCUAGUGGUUAAGAGCGUUGGGCCAGUAACCGAAAGGUCGCUGGUUCGAAUCCCCAAGCCGACUAGUUGAAAAAUAUGCUGAUGUUCCCUUGAGCAAGGCACUUAACUCCAAUUGCUCAUGUAAGUUGCUCUGGAUAAUAGCGCUGCCAAAUGACUAAAAUGUAAACGCCAACAUGAAUAUGUUGAUUGUUGACCCAUCUUCUGCUUUAUUUGUCUUCUCUUUCUUCAUCCCUCUCUCCUCGAUCUCUCUCUUAUUGUCUCCCCAUCCACCUCUCCCUCUCAGGUCCUAUGUCCACCCCUAUGAGGAGGGGGGGCUCUCCAUACUCCCAGUAUGGCAUGAUGGGAGGGGAGGGGCUAGGCAUGCCCCCCCAGGGGGACAACUGGCACCGUACUCCUGGAAACAAGAUGGGCUCCAAGCCCCAGGGCACGUCCAGCUGGCCUCCUGGUGCGUGGCCGUUCUAAAUACCAACUGAAUGUGCAGGAUUUUGUUCUAUCCAACCACUAACACACCUGAUUUGACCAAAUCCCCUGAAAGUUAGUGUUCGCAUGGAACAAAAGCCUGCAACACCCUGUAGCUCUCUGUGUUAAGUCGAUGAGGUGGCUUCAUCUGUUUGUUCUGAAGUAAAAAAUCCAGAAUUCCUGUUUGUCUGUGAUGUCAGAGUUCCAGCCCGGCGUGCCCUGGAAGGGGAUCCAGAGCAUCGACCCCGAGUCUGACCCCUACAUGACCCCAGGGAGCAUGAUGGGAAUCCCUGGGCCAUCCAGCCUCAACGACACCGAGCACCAGUUGCUAAGAGACAACACAGGUACCUACCGAGACUCAAGCAGUUACUCCUGUAUCUAUGACUAAGUCCACGUUCCGAGCACCUGUUGCUAAGAGACCAGCUGACCUGACAUAUUGCGUAACAAUAACACAUUACAUAAGUAUGCUGUCAUCAGCCCUCGUGUCCUCACAAAGUGAAAGAAACUAGUAUACCACUAAAAUCAUAUCCAUCAUUGCAUGCACCAGUCAGUUAAACAUCAAGUUGUGUUAAUAUUGUACUGUAUCUUUCUAGAUCAGGGAUGGACAACUGGCAGCCCAUGGACCAAUUUCAUUUUUAAAUUAUUUUUUUUAAAACAGUCCAACUUACUGUUGAGAGUUAGAAUAAUAGAAUACACAAGUUGUGCAUCAGCAGUCACUCAAUUAGCCCAAGUCAGCAAAAUGUCUUUAGAUUGGUAAGAUAGUCUUCCGGCCAGCUAUCUAAACUUGUAGUAAGCAUGGUCGAAUUACAGACCGGGGUGGGGCCCAUUGAUCAUCAGUUAUCAUAUUAAAAACGGCAAACAUUUGCCUCCACCCUAUGGCAAAAUGUGUAGAAUUGCAUGAAAUUUACUUCAAAACGUUUUUUAUAUUCGCUGUCACGAGGGGGGCCGCUAAAAAUGUUUUUCUCGCAAGGUGGGGGGUAUGGAUGUGGGUACGCAGACCCACGAGCCACUGCGGCCCCUCAUGAUGAGUUAUUUUUUAUUAAUUUUUUGGCCCCCACCCCAUCAUAGUUGCCCAUCCCUGUUCUAGAUGGUGUGUUGAUGCUAGCUAAGCUAAUAGUGUGUGUGUUCCAGAACCCAACCCCUCCCUGAACACCUUGCUGCCUUCACCUGAUGCCUGGCCCUACAGUGCCUCAGACAGCCCCCUCAACAACGCACACAACUCGGGUAACAGACUGGAAAACACUCACUGUAACACUAUGAAUGUGCUAUGUAUGCUUUAUGAAUGUGCUAUGAAGUCCUAAGAUGCCUUUCACCAAAAGAGGUUUGUAAAUUCACUCUGGCUAUCUACUCCGAUUUCAGAGCACUCUCGUCUGAGUGUGCUAGAGCUGCAGAAUAAUGAAUGAAUUUACAAACGCUCAACACCCGUUGAAUAUGGCCGGUGACAGUAAACCUUGCCAAAAAAGCGUAAUUAAAUUGUUGCCAGCAGCACAGUUAGUCAUCAACGCUCUGGAUAACACGAAAACAGCCUAACCAGCUCUGCUAGGGCGAGUAAAAUGGUCAGUGAGCUGUUCUCUCAUUUGUGUCUGGAAGUAGCUAGCUUGGGUGCUUGACUGCCUUUGUGAGGUCAGAACGCUCGGAUCAACCCUACUCCUCGCCCAGAGCGUCCAGUGUGCGCUCUGAACGCUCCAAGAGCGAAAUGCUCUGAAUUUACGAACACCCAGCGCGCACUCUGGCACUGCAGAGUGAAUUUACGAACACACCCAAAACAUUCUCCUGGUGUUCGAAAUAUACACUCUGCUUUUCCAUCUAUUUACUCUCUGAUGUUGUCUCUGUCAUUCAGGGUGUCAAGUUUCAACUGUUUAUCUUGAGUUUAGUCUGGCUGUGUUCCAUCCUGCUGUUAUACAGACCCAGGUCUGACUAGUUCAUUUCCUGUUGCCCAUAGCAAAGUACACAGAGUACAAGACCAGCUGGCCCCCUGAGCCCAUUGGACAUAACAAGAUGUGGAAGACCAAUCGCAACCAACAGUCCCAGCAGCUGCCACGCCCACCCCCGGGACUCAGCAAUCAGAAGCAGGCCUCGCCAUCCCGCGGCCCGUGGCAGGCCCGUGGCUGGGGCAGCGCGAGCGGGAGCCAGGAAACCAGAUAUGGCCCUGGUAAUGUCAUAACACGGUGUUGUGUUUCUGAGUCUUUCCACCCUGUACUGUUCUGUCCUGCCUGCUGCCUUGUGAAGUAUUCAUCAGAUUAAAUGUAACCAGCAUGUCUGUUGCCGUGAUCUGAUUCAACAUCCCAAAUGUCACACUAUUCCCUAUGGGCCCUGGUCAAUAGUAGUGCACUAUCAAGGGAAUAGGGUGCCAUUUGGGACGUAGACCCAGAGAAAUUGCAUAGCUAGGUGGUUAGGACUUAGAACCCAUUUAUAUUUUAUUCACCAAGCUUAAAGUACAGUAGGGCUUAUUUAUCAUUCAUUGCUCCAGAGCUGCCUGCCGCAGGUACAGAGGUAGGGGUUGUCUAAUAUGUGGAACUGAUCCCUGUGUGUGGUUUGAAUCUAACAGGCUCUGCUUGGAGUGAUGGGGGGACCUCCAGAGGAAGCUGCUGGCUGGUGCUCUGCAACCUCACUCCACAGGUAUACACACACCAUUCCUCAGGACAACAGACACACACACACACACACACACACACACACAUCAUCCCUCAUCAAGACUACACAAACACACACCAUUCCUCAGGACAACAGACACACACACAUCAUCCCUCAUCAAGACUACACAAACACACACCAUUCCUCAGGACAACAGACACACACACACGCAAGUGCACACAUACAGCAUCACUUCUCUUGCACAUAUCACCUCUACCACACAAGUCAUCCCUAACCCCAUUCCCUCCAUGUUGUCCCCUCCUGCAGAUCGACGGCUCCACCCUCCGUACCAUCUGUAUGCAGCAUGGCCCCCUGCUGACCUUUCACCUCGGCCUGACCCAGGGCAGCGCUCUGAUUCGCUACAGCACCCCACAGGAAGCUGCCAAGGCCCAGAGCGCGCUACACAUGUAAGCCCCUCCUCUCAGCAUGUCAAUCAUCCUCCGUGGUGAGGUUCUGUAGAUGAACAGGCACCAGCUCCACAGUGUUUUCCACUGCCGGCUGUCUGCUUUACAGACGAUUACAGACUCAUUUUCAGCCGGAUACUUUUUCCACUUAAAUUAACUGGACUACUUUUCAAUUCGCUAGUCAGAAAAAAGUCUGCUGAACCCUCUCCCGCUAGAAUGAACGAUAUGCAUCUUCUAGCGAUCUGCUGAUAGGACGGUCACAAAGUGAGUGAUGACAGGGAAACUGCUGGUUUGACAGUCUGCUGUCUGUCCCGCCUCUCAGUACCUGGGUGUGUGUUGUGGUUGCAGUCGAAUUUCUACACAGAGGGAGAGAGCAUGAAUUUGCACGUCCCAUAUAAUUUGAGUGAAUUUCCCAUAUAAUGUGGUAACGAUGAGUCGAAAUCCACUUACCUCUUGUUUUCUGGCACAUGCAUUUAUUUUCUUUCGCGUGCAGGGUCCGACAUUAAAGUUGGGCCAGUGGACCUCAUCAGUGGCCAGUAACUUUUCAGCGCAUUUUUGCAUUCUAGUUCAACAUUUACCUGCUCUGUCAGUCUACCAUUUGAAGACUACACACGUAAAUGUCAUGCUAUUUGUAUUUGAGCAAUAUGAUUGGCCGUUCUUUCAAGCACCACCACUUGAUGCCUUCACACAGCACAUGUGAGCUGUCCAGAGCAAAAAGAAGCGCCCAUCAAUCUACUCACUGAGCUUGUUUAUUUUAGGGGAAGUAAUUUACUAAAGUUAAACCUUCAGUAGUGAACAUGCUAGCAAUAUGCUGGCUACUGUUGAUAGUCUGCAAAAAAAGCUUAAAAAAGACAGCAUACUGUAGCCAUGUCAAUAUCUAUUUUGGAAUGUUGGUCUUGAAGGGGCAGUGUCCCAUUUUCUAAUCUUCUCUAAGUGACAUACUUUAGAAACAAAAAUGAAUGAAAUUAAUACAUCUAAAUCCUAAAGAAUAGAGUAAUGACUUUUAUUGCUAAUUAAUAUUACACAGCUUUUUAAUACGCAUCAUAAUAACCAAAUGUAGCCUAUUAAUAUAGAGAGAAAGCAUGCCAACCUACAUUUACAUUUACGUCAUUUAGCAGACGCUCUUAUCCAGAGCGACUUACAAAUAGGUGCAUUCACCUUAUAGCCAGUGGGAUCACCACUUUACAAUGUUUUUUGUUUGUUUUUGGGUUGGGGUUGGGGUUUGGGUUUGGGUUGGGGUAAGGGGGGGGGGGUAGAAGGAUUACUUUAUCCUAUCCCAGGUAUUCCUUAAAGAGGUUGGGUUUCAAAUGUCUCCGGAAGGUGGUGAGUGACUCCGCUGUCCUGGCGUCGUGAGGGAGCUUGUUCCACCAUUUCUUCCAGGACAACCUUGUACGUGGCUUGAUUCAUGCGUCCUUCACAAAGAAAAAUCUGCCCGAUUCCAACCUUGCUGAAGCACCCCCCAGAUCAUCACCGAUCCUCCACCAAAUUUCACAGUGGGUGCGAGACACUGUGGCUUGUAGGCCUCUCCAGGUCUCUGUCUAACCAUUUAGACGACCAGGUGUUGGGCAAAGCUGAAAAUUGGACUCAUCAGAGAAGAUGACCUUACUCCAGUCCUCUACGGUCCAAUCCUUAUGGUAUUUUGCAAACCUCAGCCUGGCUCUUCUUUGCUUCUCAUUGAUUAAGUAGUCCCGUGUAGCUCAGUUGGUAGAGCAUGGCGUUUGCAACGCCAGGGUUGUGGGUUCGUUUCCCACGGGGGACCAGUAUGAAAAAAAAAAAAUCUAUGCACUCACUAACUGUAAGUCGCUCUGGAUAAGAGUGUCUGCUAAAUGACUAAAAUGUAAAUGAAGGGCUUUUUUCUAGCUUUGCACGACUUCAGCCCUGCCCCUAGGAGCCUGUUUCGAGCCGUCCUCGCCAGCUGCCGUUUGCCAUUCUUUUUGUAGGUCACUUGAUGUCAUCCUACGGUUGUUGAGUGACAUUCGAAUGAGUUGGCGGUCAUCCCGAUCAGUAGAGUCGUUUUCGCCCUCUGCCGGUCUGUAGCUUUGUUGUCCCCAAUGUCUGCUGCUUGACCUUGUUCUUAUGAACCGCCGUCUUUGAAAUUUUAAGGAUGGAAGCAACCUGACGCUCACUGUAUCCCUCUGCCAGUAAAGCCAGAAUUGAACCCUUCUUUUCCUCACUCAAAACUUUCCUUUUCAACUCUUUUGGCAUGGUAAAUAGUUAUUUUUUUAUUAAUAUUACUUUUGAGGUACUAUUAGCACUGUUUUUGCCAUCCAGCUGGUCCUAUUGCAAGAGGAUAGUGAUGACCACAGCAGUGGUUUUUAUACUUUUCCUCGUUAAAUAAGAUUUGGUUCAGGUGAUCACCUACUCAGUACCUAAUUCAGUAGAAUGAGGUGUGCCUGUGUUGGAAUUCAACAGACACUGGAAUGGAAUGGCUGUCAUACAUGUAGAGAUGCUGAUUUAAGAAACAUUUGCAGUGGUCUCUUAAUUUUUUCCACAGCUGUAUAUUCUUGCCAUUCAAAAAUCAUACAACGUAGUUACAGUGCAUUUGGAAAGUAUUCAGACCCCUUGACUUUUUCCACAUUGUUACGUUACAGCCUUAUUCUAAAAUGGAUUCAAUUGUUUUUUUCCCCUCAUCAAUCUACGACAAAGUAAAAACAUGGUUUUAGAAAUGUUAGCAAAUGUAUUACAAAUAAAAAACGGAUCACAUUUACAUAAGUAUUCAGACCCUUUACUCAGUACUUUGUUGAAGCACCUUUGGCAGCGAUUACAGCCUCGUCGUCUUUGGUAUGACGCUACAAGUUUCACACACCUGUAUUUGGGGAGUUUCUCUCAUUUUUCUCUGCAGAUCCUCUCGAGCUCUGUCAGGUUGGAUGGGGAAUGUCGCUGCACAGCUAUUUUCAGGUCUCUCCAGAGAUGUUCAAGGCCGGGCUCGGGCUUGGCCACUCAAGUGCAUUCAAAGACUUGUCCCGAAGCCACUCCUGCAUUGUCUUGGCUGUAUGCUUAGGGUCAUUGUCCUGUGGGAAGGUAAACCUUCUCCCCAGUCUGAGGUCCUGAGCGCUCUGGAGCAGGUUUUCAUCAAGGAUCUCUCUGUACUUUGCUCCGUUCAUCUUUCCCUCGAUCCUGACUAGUCUCCCAGUCCCUGCCGCUGAAAAACAUCCCCACAACAUGAUGCUUCCACUAUGCUUCACCGUAGGUAUGGUGCCAGGUUUCCUCCAGACUUGACACAUUCAGGCCAAAGAGUUCAAUCUUGGUUGCCUUUUGGCAAACUCCAAGUGGGCUGCCAUGUGCCUUUUACUGAGGAGUGGCUUCAGUCUGGCCACUUUGGCCACUUUACUAUAAAGGCCUGAUUGAUGGGGUGCUGCAGAGAUGGUUGUCUUUCUGGAAUGUUCUCCCAUCUCCACAGAGGAACUCUGGAGCUCUGUCAGAGUGACCAUGAAAUGUUUUGGUACCCUUCCCCAGAUCUGUGCCUCAACACAAUCCUGUCUCGGAGCUCUACGGACAACUCCUUCGACCUCAUGGCUUGGUUUUUGCUCUGACGUGCACUGUCAACUGUGGGACCUUUAUAUAGACAGGUGUGUGCCUUUCCAAAUCAUGUCCAAUCAAUUGAAUUUACCACACGUGGACUCCAAGUUGUAGAAACAUCUCAAGGAUGAUCAAAGGAAACAGGAUGCACCUGGGUUCAAUUCUGAGUCUCAUAGCAAAGGGUCUGAAUACUUAUGUAAAUAAGGUAUGUCUGUUUAUCUUUGCUAAAAUUUCUAAAAACCUGUUUUCGCUUUGUCAUUAUGGGGUAUUGUGUGUAGGUUGAUGAGGAUUUUAAAAAAUGUAAUCCAUUUUAGAAUAAGGCUGUAACGUAACAAAAUGUGGAAAAAGUAAAGGGUUCUGAAUACUUUCCGAAUGCACUGUAUAUGGUAUUUUCAAAGAUAUAACAUAGGCCUACUGAUUUAAUCAAAGUGUUGAGUGUUGACUGCUGCUUUCUGUGUAGCAAAGCCCAUGAUUAACACCUGCUUCAUUCUUCAAUCAUACAUGUAUUGCAGAUAGCUCAGAAAAUGCCUCUUAAAAGGAAGCUUGAAGCCUGUGGAAGUCAGCAGACUCUUACAGGAUUCUUUAAAGGCCCAGUGCAGUCAAAAUUAUGUUUUUCCUGUGUUUUUCUAUCAUAUUGUACAACAGCUGAUGAAUCUAACACUCUAAAAGUAUGAACAAAAAUGUGACCAGCAUUAUUUUCUGAUAGUUGCUGGUUGAAAAUGCAAUCUAGCAUUAAAAUGUACCAGAGGCCACUAAAAUAGCUUGUUUGGCUAGAAUGUUAAGACUAAUAGAUAUUAGCCAGUGAACACAAAACUACAUCGAAUCACUCCUUACUCUCUCCUCUCUCUCUCUUUCCAGGUGUGUCCUGGGCAAUACCACCAUCUUGGCCAAGUUUGUGAGCGAGGAGGAGGUUGCUCGCUAUUUUGCACAUUCCCAGGCGGGAGGGGGAGGGACCAGCGGAGGCCAGGGGGGGUCCACAGGGACAGGUGCAGUGGGAGCCAACAGCAGCGGAGAGAGGGAAAGAGACAGAACCAGAGGAGGAGGAGAGGGCUCUGCCCCUGGAGGGGGAGGAGGCAGCUCGGGCCCCGUCAGCUCUGGCUGGCAGAGUUUGGACAGUACAGGAGGCUGCCUGGAUCCUAACCCCACCCAGGGGCCCGGCCUGAGCAUGUUUGCCCAAUGGAGCAGCAACGGUGCUGGGGUGGCUGGGGGUGUGGAGCCCAGCAGGCAGGUUUUGUGGGGAGGGAUGGGGGGUGGAGGGUACCCCAGCAAUAGUAUGUGGGGGUCCCCUGCCAUGGAGGAUCGAAACCAGAUGGGGAGUCCUGCUGCUCUGCUGCCAGGAGACCUGCUAGGCGGAGGGGCUGAUUCCAUCUGAAUGACCACACCUAAUACAUGAACCCUACGCGCACACACACACACACACACACACACACACACACACACACACACACAACGAAUAUACAUGCACUUACACAUUUUCUCUCACACACAUAUACACAUAUACAUACAUAAACACACACCGAUGAAAUGACACUAGUCGCAAACAUGCAGAUCCACUGACGUUAACUCAACAUGA